AAUUAGGGGCUGUGGAUCCAAGGCAACUCGCCAUUUAGAAUGGCAGGUUUUUGACUUCUAUCGGACUGGAAUUGUCUUCCUGUUAACCCAGCCUCUCGCGUAGCAGGUCGGGUCGAGGUUAUUUGGACAAAAGAUUCGUUCGCACGUAAAUAACUGAGACAAGUACCAUGGGUGAUGACUACCUCAGUAAUGGCACGGUCUCCCAUCAUCAUACACCAGAUUGCAAAAGGCGUUCUUUGUACGUAGGGCUGGUCAGUAGUGGGGCGCUUAGCGGACGCCUAGAUGAGAUGUUAUCAACCCUAGACGUGAUCACACAUUCCGAUACCAGCGGAGGCGUCAACAGUCUUGCGCUUUGUGAGAGUAAGAAGGACAUGGGCGUCAGAUGUCACAGAGUUGAUCUCGUGGAGGGGCCCUUUGGCUGCUGGUUGGCUGUGGCUGCAGUCAUGGGAUGUUUUCGACCUCGAGUCGCGUGGCCGAGAAACAAUAGGGGUUUAGUAAGCAUCCACGGAUCAGCAGCAAGCUGA